UGAACAUGACUUAAGUAUCUCUUUGAAACCGGCCUUGGAGGUCAUGAAGCAAGCUCACGGCAAUAUUUCACACCUACCGGUUCAUCGCCCCCCUGCCUGGGGACGCGAUUGUACCUUCCAGAGCUUGCUGCUUACCUUACAAAUGCACUCGGCCAUAGGUUGAAGGCCUGUGGAGAUUAGGCACAACUGUUUGUACCAUGAUGCCGCUGAAAGAGGAAGGCGGAAUCGAGUGCAUAUGCUUGGUCCGAACCUCUAGAUUUAGGAGUUCGAGGUCAGCGAUCAUCGAACUCUCCUUCACGCCACAUACAUACGAUUCUCUAGCUGGAAUCUUGGUGCUCCCAUGGUUUGUUUACCAAUCCUUGAUCUACGGCAUGCAUCAUGACAUGAGUUUGCUCUCUCCGGGUAUUCGGAUUUUUGGCGGACUGGGCCGAGGGCGGUUUGACAGCUUCCAUUUCCAUAACCUUCCACCUGAAACAUCCGGAAACAUUUCUCGCAUGUCUGGACUAUCAUGCCUAGAUUCGGAUCGAGGCAGAACAAGGGUCCAAGACACCAAGACGUCCAGACUCCGGAACUCGAAGACCGCAAGAAACUGCCAUCAAGCUCCAAUCAGGCCUUCGCGACUAAAAUCACGGUGGCACAAAUCGCGAUUCCAAUCAUGUAUAGCGGUGCAGACAUGCCGUACUUGGUGGAAUUGUCGUCAUUCCGCAUCUCCUACCGCAAAUAAUUGGACUAUCCAGAGUCCGGUUUUUGCGGAAACUUCAGUUCCUCCUACAGCCACAUACCGAAAAAUGCUUCAAGUAGAGUGGACGCAACAGACUGUACGUUUUUCUGGGAAAUCCACAGCUUCGAGACAGGCACGCUGUUUUGAUUGCUUACCACGCAGUGAAAUCGGUAGAUCUGUAAGCGAUAAAGGAACACAUUUGGACUCUGACUAACUCGAACUUUUGCAUGACCACGAUUGCCUUUAUCGGAUUUCGACUGAAUUCGGGCAGCCAUUUUUCUUGCAUUUGAAGAGGAUCUUGUGCAAGAGGACGGACAGGUGAGUGCACAGACCCCUCUAGACGCUUCUGACCACUUUAAGGCACCCUUGUUCUUGCAAAUCCGGCCUUGAGGUCUUGCGAUUUGCAGUUUGCAGCUUCAGUACGGGAAAAAAUUCAGGCACGAAAUAAUUUGUGAUUGGGAAGCGUUCUUCAUGCAUAAAGGAAGGCUUCCAUUUGUAGAAGCAGGGAUUUCUACUGCAUUAUAUCGUUACAGGUACUGGUGUCCUGGUAGUUUCGGGAUAUACCCAGGUACCUCUAGGACAUGAGUCUUAAGAAUCCGAUAUCACCCAGCAUUCAGGGUGUUGGUGAUA